GAAUCGGCUCCUCCUCUCCACCGCGCUCCUCCCUCCCGGCUUCACCCUUAGCUUUUGGUUGGAGGAAGGACUGGUAGGAGAACCAGGAAGGCUGGAGAAAGUUGCGCGUGCGCACUAAGCAGGAAAAAGAAGACGGUGGAUCGCCGCGGCGGUUGUGCGCAGGCGUACCACGUGGGGCGGGGCAAGAGAGGGGGCGGGGCGGAGCGGGGCGGAACGGAACGGAGAUGCGGGGAGGGGUGGGGAAAACAUAGGUAGGCAGGAGAAGGAUCUGGGCGGGACGGGGCGGGACGGGGUGGGGUUAGAGAGCUCCUGAAGAGCGAUCUCAGAGGUCCGGGAGCUGGCUGUGAGGAAACCGAAAUUGAAAGUUGUGGCCGUGGUGGCGACUGACCGAAGCGGUGCUGACCACCGGCGCGGGGAAGGAUCCCAGCGCACGGACCCAGGUGAAGAUGCUGGAAGCAGACUUGGUUGCAAAGAUGCUUCGAGCUGUUCUGCAGUCCCAUAAGAACGGAAUAGCAUUACCCAGGCUACAAGGGGAAUACAAAUCUUUGACUGGUGAUUGGAUCCCAUUCAAACAACUAGGAUAUCCUACAUUAGAGGCAUAUUUAAGAAGUGUGCCAGCAGUUGUCAGAAUAGAGAUCAGUAGAUCUGGAGAGAUAACUUGCUAUGCUGUGGCUUGCACAGAGACAGCCCGGAUUGCUCAACUAGUAGCACGCCAGAGGAGUUCAAAAAGAAAAACAGGAAGGCAGGUGAAUUGUCAAAUGAGAGUGAAAAAAACCAUGCCGUUCUUCUUAGAAGGAAAACCAAAAGCAACACUCAGACAACCAGGAUUUUCUUCAGAGUCUGAAAGAGACAGCAAAAAACCCACACUCUUAAGAGAAAAAUGUGUCAAGUCUGGUAACGAAACUUCACCAUAUACCUUGCCCCCUACACUUGGAAGUGGAGUGUCCAGAGAAGUGCCGAUGCAGAGACACGUGACAAUGAUAAACAGGUCUAACCCAAAAGCAGCCCUUCCACCAGUAUUUCAAGUGCAUCUUUCAAGAAGUUCUCCCAAAGAUAUAAAUGGUAGGCAAAUUAACUUAAGCAAGUUAACUUCCAGUGAAAAAGAAGAAUAUACAGAUAAUUUAAAUGAGACUAUUCAAAAAACAAACAUCAUGCCUCCUGUGUCUAAUACUUAUAAAAUGGAUGAGGUUCAGAUGCGAAUUAAGGAGAUAUUAAACAAGCAUAACAAUGGCAUUUGGGUAUCAAAGCUUCCACAGUUUUACAAAGACCUGUAUAAAGAAGAACUUAACCAAGGAGUUUUUCAACAGUUUGAACACUGGCCUCAUAUUUGCACGGUAGAAAAACCUUACAGUGGUAGUCAACAGGAUGUGCUUAUUUAUCCAGCUAAGAGAAGACCGCUUUUGAAAAGUGAAACAGACAGUGAAAAAACACCACAGUCUCAGCCACCAGCUCCAAAACAAGUAUCUCUUUCAAAAGAAUUCUCAGAAGUUGGGUCAGCUUCCAUUAAUGAUGACUUUAAGAAGAAGGUUGCAGACCUGUUAAUGAAAUAUUCAAGUGGUCUUUGGGCAAAUGCACUCCCCAAAGCAUUUGAGGAUAUGUACAAAUUAAAAUUUCCUGAGGAUGCAUUGAAAAAUCUUGACUUGCUGUCAGAUGUAUGCACUGUAGACCACAUUUCUGACAAUCCUCAAAAGGCCAUUCUUUAUGCAAAAUUACCAAAAUGUACUGAUGGGAAUCUGACUAAUGCAAAGCAAAAAAUUAAGAAUGAUGAUAUCACAUCCAUGGUUGAACAAGAAUAUUUGCAGAUAGAAGAAGAAAACCCUGACUUUUCCACAGAAGAAAUAAUUGUUCCUCCUUUAAUCAUCCCAACUGAGCCAUCACCAUCAGUUUUAGUAGUUGAAUUGAGCAACACAAAUGAAGUUGUUAUCAGGUAUGUUGGAAAAGACUAUUCUGCUGCUCAAGAACUAAUGGAAGAUGAAAUGAAAGAAUAUUAUAGUAAGAAUCCUAAAGUGACAUCAGUACAAUCUGUGUAUGUUGGACAACUGGUUGCUGUAAAUGCAGAGGAAGAUGCUUGGCUGCGUGCACAGAUAAUUUCAGUAGAAGAUAGCAGAAUAAAGGUUUGCUAUGUUGACUAUGGUUUCAGUGAGAUUAUAGAAAAAACCAAAGUAUACAAACUAAACUCAAGGUUUUGUUUGCUCUCCUUCCAAGCAGCAAAAUGUAAAUUAGCAGGGUUGGAAGUUUUUAAUGAUGAUCCUAGUUUAGUGAAGGUGGUUGAAUCUUUAGCCUGUGGGAAGAUAUUUGCUGUAGAAAUCCUGGAAAAAGCUGAGAUUCCUCUUGUGGUCCUGUAUGAUACAUCUGGAGAGGAUGAUAUCAAUAUCAAUGCCACCUGUUUAAAAGCACUUUGUGACAAAACGCUGGAGGUGCACCUUCAGGCUGAUGCCAUGUAUACAAGUGUAAAAGUGACCAAUAUUUGUUCUGAUGGAACUCUAUACUGCCAGGUACCUUGUAAGGGUCUGUCCAAACUCAAUGACAUUUUGCAUAAAUUAGAAGAUUACUUCCAUUGUAAGAACAUGACAUCUGAGUACUUUGUUUCAUUACCUUUCUGUGGGAAAAUCUGCUUGUUUCAUUGCAAAGGAAAAUGGUCCCGGGUGGAGAUAACAAAUGUUCACAGUAGUCGGGCUCUUGAUGUUCAGUUCUUGGAUAGUGGCACAGUCACUUCUGUCAAAGUGUCAGAACUCAGAGAAAUUCCGCCUCGCUUUCUACAAGAAUUGAUUGCAAUACCACCCCAGGCCAUUAAAUGCUGUUUAGCUGAUCUUCCACUUAGUAUUGGCAUGUGGACACCAGAUGCUGUCCUUUGGUUAAGAGAUACAGUUUUGAACUGCUCUGAUUGUAGCAUUAAGGUUAUGAAAUUGGAUGAACCCAAAGGAAUCGCACAUAUUUAUCUAUUUACUCCUAAAAAUUUCCCAGAUCCUCAUCGCAGCAUUAAUCGGCAGAUUACAAAUGCGGAUUUAUGGAAGCAUCAGAAAGAUGUGUUUUUGAGUGCUGCACCUUGUGAAGUUAAUCCUUCUAACAACAAAAGUGACAGUGUCACUCUACCGAGAACCACUCUUGAAAGUGUCAAGAAAAACUUCAUCGAUACCAUUCCAAGGUCUUUAAUAGAACAUGCCACCACCCUUUCUAUUAUGGAGCUUCCCCCUCCAAUACCUUUGUCGAAGCCAGGAGAACACAUGGAUGUCUAUGUGCCAGUGGCCUGCCAUCCUGGUCAUUUUGUUAUCCAGCCUUGGCAAGAGUUACAUAAACUGGAAGUUCUGAUGGAAGAAAUGAUUCUGUAUUAUAGUGUGUCUGAAGAGCGACCUGUAACAGUGGAAAAAGACAAAGUGUAUGCUGCAAAAGUAGAAAACAAGUGGCACAGAGUACUUUUGAAAGGAAUUCUGACCAAUGGACUGGUUUCUGUUUAUGAGUUGGAUUAUGGUAAACAUGAAUUAGUGAGCAUCAGGAAAGUACAGCCUCUAGUGGAUGUGUUCCGGAAGCUGCCCUUUCAGGCCAUCACAGCUCAACUUGCAGGAGUAAGAUGCAGUCAGUGGUCAGAAGAAGCUUCAAUAGUGUUUCGAAAUCAUGUGGAGAAGAAGCCUUUGGUGGCAUUGGUACAGGCAGUUGUUGAAAGUACCAAUCCUUGGGAUCGAAAAAUAGUGGCCUACUUGGUGGACACAUCACUACCAGAUACUGAUAUAUGGAUUCAUGACUUUAUGUCCGAAUAUCUUGUGGAGCUUUCAAAAAUUAAUUAAUCACUGUUGCUGAAACCUUGACAACUAAUUCAUAUUCUUUAGCAAUAAUAAUAAUAAAACAACAUGAAGCGGGCUUUAAACACCAAGAGUCCAACUAUGCUGCAUGGCUCUGAAUAUCUGCAAGGGAUUGAAAAAAUAUGAUGCUUAUGGUCUAUGAAAUAUAUUUAAUAGAAGUUUUGUUUAGCCACGUUGACUUUUCAAAGGACUUACACUUUGUUUAUUACUAUAGUUUUAGAGUGUUGGGGUGGAAAAAUAAAGUGUUGUUUAUCAACAUCAAAGUUGACUAUUUUGAGUUUAUUUUUAGGUUUUAUGAUCUUAAAAUAUUUGCCUCCCCUUUCUCUAAUAUCUUCAUAUCCAAUCUCACAUUAUUAUGCUGUACACAUAGUACACAUGUUCCUUCUGCCAGUACUAAGUAUGUAUUAAAUUACGUGAGCCUUACUAGUCUUAUUGUAUUACUGUAUUAGAUAACUUUUUUUUUCUUUCCAUAGAAUUACCUCUAAAAACGAAAGCCAGUUUCAGUUUCUAUGUUUCUGAAGGCAAAAUUGAGUAUCUGCCUGCCAUUUUAGUUUAAGAAUUAACAUAUCAUUUAUAUCAUCAGUUAGAUAGACCUGGAAGCCCUCAAAUUUCUUUAUAGGGAGGACAAAAACCAUCUUGUCCCUUUUGUUGUUAUUUAGGGUGUUAGCAGUUAGUGUAAAUAUGGUUUAGAAAAGCCUUCUAAUUUGAACUUAGGACACUUCAUUACCAGAGUUCCUUCUCGGUAAGAUAGCAGCAUAAAUAAAAUAUAGAAAUGGAGAUUCAUGAAUUUUACAUGGGACAAUCAAAAGUUUGACUAUAGAAAAGGGAAAGAUCAUGUUGGGGAAAUAGUGAGAGAUGAGGUUGGCUCCUUAGUGAAGGAUCACAUCACAAAGGUCCUUGGAAAUCAAGUAAAAGAAUUUAAAAGCAAAAAUCCACUGUAGAUUCUUAAAUAGAAAAACUAUAGAUUAAAACCUUAAAAAAAUUAAUUUGGUGGUAGUGUGCAAAGGAAGAUUGCAGGGUUAAGAGAAUGGAGCCUGGGGAAGCCAGCUCACCUAUGUAAUCCUGUUAGAUGCAAUGAGAAUGUGGACUAGAGUCAUGGCAGUUGAUAUAAAGAAAAAGAUGUCUUAGUGAAUGGAUUGGCAAGACUUGGUAAAAUUUGCAUAUAGAGGGAGAAGUUAGCCAACAGCAUUUAUUGAGCCCUAAAUAGAUGGCAGAUACUAUUCUAGAUAAAAAUAGAAAGACAAAUCCCUGUCCUUAGGGAGCUUACAUUCCAAUGGGGAAAACUAUUUGUUAAUAGUUAUGUUCAAGAUAAGUUACUCUGUUGGCUAGCCACUGGGGAUGGAGGACCAGGAAUGGCCUCCUACUCAAGAUGGAAUUUGACUUGAGACUUGGAAGUAAAACAGGAAAACUGAUGUUGAGCUGAGGAGGCUGAGCGAAAUUCAAAAGAGGUAUACAGACAAUAUAAAGACUGAGAGACAGGAGGAAUGUUAUGUUCUACAAAUUAGCAGUAGGCCAGUGUAGCCAAGAGAGAAUGGAAACUAGUUGGUUUGGAUGCAGAAUGAGUUUAGUUUUAAACGUGUUAUAUUCAAGUUAAUAGCAAGAAAUCCUAGGAGAAAUGUUAUACAGACCGAUGGAAAUUCAGAAAGAAGACAAGAGGUCAAGGCUAAAGAUAGAGAUUUUGAAACUCUCCAAAUAAAAAACCACAGUUUAAGCCAUGGAUGUGGCUUCAUAAGUUGGGGAGGAAAUUGGAAGCAUUUAGGAUUCCAGGAAAAAGAAGGUAGUGGACCCACAGAUUGCCAAAGAAGCCAGGGUACCUAGAGAAAAGAGUUUCUAGAAGUUGGCAGUUCUUCUGAGUAAGAUGGCAUGAAAAGUAAGGAUUUUUUUUUUUAACUAUAAAGAUUUCUUGAUAUAAGAGAACUCCUUUCAUUCCUGUGGUUUGGCAACUCUUCUUCAGCUUAAUAGAGAGGUGCCUAGAAUAAAACUUGUCCAGGAUCACACAGAAAGCAAUUGAGUACAGAUCUUUCCUGCUGCAGAGGCUGACCUUUUAUCCACUGUGCCCUGUUCUUCACAGGAUAGCAAAAAGAUAGGAGUCUAGGAAAAGGAAGCAGUAGGUCCAGAUCAUGCGUUUUUAUGGAUUAGACAGUAAAAGGAAGGAGAGAAUUGAGAUUGUAGAUAGGAGAAAUACCAAGGUCAAGAGGAACAAGUUUCUAUUAGGAAGAUGGGAAAAUGGAGAGACUUAAUGUUUAAAAAUAGGUAGUGGAUUAUGAAGAGGUAGAGAUUGAAUUACUAAGGAAUGGAUAUUUGAGAAAGCAAGAUCCUAGAGAAGGGAUGAAGAUUUCAGAGUUGGCUUUGGGAAGGAGAAGGGUCUUAAUAUCACUGAGAUUAAAAGUUAAAUGUAAGGAUGAUUGGUUGGAGUGAACGUGAUAAUCUAUAAGGGAGCGGGACUUGGAUUUCUUUGCAAAGUAAGUAAUGAGAUAUUAGGAAAAGAAGCUUUAAGAACUAGAAGUUAUGAAGUGAAGGCAUGAGACCUCACACAAAAAAAAAGGGGUCCAUUGGAUAUUUUGUUGCUAUUAUAAUUUCAGAUGGUAUAGAAUAACCUCUUGGCACAGGGGUUUGAAUCUGAGGUCAACAUACUUCUAAAGGGCUUGCAGAUGACAUUUUAAGGGACCCAUGAAUCUUGGAAAGGGAAGAAUUACAUCUUUAUUUCAUCAUAUUUUGGUUUUUUUGGUAAUCAUGUACAUUUUAUUUUGUUCAUUUAAAAACAUUCUGUUAAAGGGAUCCAUGACACACAAAAGUUAAACCCCUACUCUAGAGAUAUCUAGGAAUAAAUAGGGAAAUAAAAAUUAACUCCUCAGCCCAAGAUUUUUAAUUUUUUAUGCUAACCUAGCACAGUCUAUUGAGAUUUUUUUUUGUUCACAUUUUAUAACAUUUAAAAUUGUUAAUGGCUAAAAUUGUGUCUAAGAAAAUAGUCUGAAUUUAUGACUGGUUUUAAUUGAAUAAAGCACUUUACUGAUUUGGGUGGUUGUUUUCUUACAAAUUUUGGCAAAAAUACAUUAUUAUAAUCUGAAAAAGUAAGAGAUGUCUCAUUGCUAAAAAUAAAUAAAUAAUUUUAAAAAUG